UGUAUAUAAUAAGAUACUGUAAACAGUAUAAGAGAAGAUUAAGCAAAAGUGUCGAGGACAACGCCGGCCGAGUACAGACAAAGAACCGUCCACAAUGCUUACAAUUAAGAUAGCUGUCCUCCUUCUCGUGUCAUCACUGUCGGCUGGUCUGCCCCAUGACACACAAUUACACAAACAGUGGGAGGACUUCAAGACUUUGUAUAAGAAGACCUACCAUCCAAGCGAGGAAUUAAAAAGACGGUCAAUUUGGGCAGAAAAUUUGGAGAAGGUUAGAAAACACAACAUGGAGGCCGACAAGGGACUUCACAGUUUUACACUGGGCAUUAACGAGUAUAGCGACAUGACACACGAUGAAAGAAAAGCACGAAUGCAUGGCUUUAAAGAAUCAGAUUUCCAAAGUCUUAAGUUUAAGCACGAGGUACGAGCCGAUACUAAGGUGCACAACUUACCUGAAAAAAUAGACUGGAAGACAGAAGGAUGGGUGUCUCCUGUUGGAAAUCAGUUUCAGUGCGGGUCCUGCUGGGCGUUUACUGCCAACGGUGCAGUGGAAGGUCAGCAUUACAAUGUCACCGGUCAGCUUGUCCCAUUGUCCGCUCAGGACCUAAUGGACUGCUCUAACGCUGAAGGAAAUAAUGGCUGCGAAGGUGGGUCGAUGAUACAGUCUUACGAGUACAUCAUUAAAAACAAGGGGAUUGAUACAGAUGUAUCCUAUCCUUACACCGGAAAGGAUGAAAAAUGUCACUUUAACAAGACAAAUGUAGGUGCCACCUUAACCGGAUAUGGAAAAGUUCAAAAAGGGAGCGAACUCGCGUUACAAAAAGCUGUUGCUACAAUUGGUCCGAUUGCUGUAGCGGUUGAUGCAACGACAGAAUCAUUUGAGAUGUACAAGCACGGGAUAUUGAACGACCAAAAGUGUACCCAGAACGUGAACCAUUCUCUACUUGUUGUGGGGUAUGGGACACUUAAUGGGACUGACUUUUGGCUGAUGAAGAAUAGUUGGGGGACAAGCUGGGGUAAUAAAGGUUAUAUCAUGAUGUCACGGAACAAGAAAAACCAAUGUGGAGUAGCUAACAUGGGCAGUUUCCCUAUAGCAAGAUAGUAACUAGUUCCGUACCGCAACUCCGGUCCGGAUUCCGUACCGGAUGUCCUUACUAGACAUGCACACAGACUCACCCCCGCGCCAAAAACAAAAUGGCGGAUGUAAUGUACUUUUUAGACGAUUAGGUGUAACUGCUGCAAUAAAUAAACAGGUAACCGUGACAAAUAU